AUGACGAAAAAUCAACUUUCCAUUCCCCUUCAAACCAUGGACCAAUUCAGAUUUUUUUGCCUUGGUGGGGGUAAUGAGGUUGGUAGAUCUUCUCACAUCAUCCAAUUCAAAGGCAAGACUGUGAUGUUGGAUGCGGGUGUUCAUCCUGCUUUUCAGGGAAUGGCAUCUCUUCCUUUCUACGAUGAGUUUGAUCUAGGCACUGUGGAUGUCCUAUUGAUAAGCCAUUUCCAUUUGGACCACGCAGCUUCCCUGCCUUAUGUAAUGCAAAAGACAAACUUCAAAGGUAGAGUGUUUAUGACGCACCCGACGAAGGCCAUUUAUCGAUGGCUAUUGAAUGACUUUGUUCGAGUUACAGCUAUCGAUGAUGACUCUAACCAACUUUACAGCGACAAGGAUUUGAAAGACUCAUUUGACAGGAUAGAAACAAUUGACUUUCAUUCCACUAUUGAAAUUGAUGGUAUUAGAUUCACGGCUUACCAAGCCGGCCAUGUUCUAGGAGCUGCCAUGUUUUUCAUUGAAAUUGCAGGCAUCAAGGUACUAUUUACAGGUGAUUUUAGUAGAGAAGAAGAUAGACAUUUGAGUGUGGCUGAAGUUCCACCAGUUCGACCUGAUGUUUUGAUUACCGAAUCGACUUUUGGAACAGCUACCCAUGAGCCUCGUGAAGAGAAGGAAAAAAAGCUUACAACCAUGAUCCACAGCACUCUGGCGAAUGGUGGAAGAGUGCUAAUGCCGGUUUUUGCACUAGGAAGGGCUCAAGAAUUACUUCUUAUUUUAGAUGAAUACUGGUCACAACAUCAGGACCUAGAGAAUAUUAAAGUUUAUUAUGCUUCCGAUUUGGCAAGAAAAUGUCUGGCUGUGUACCAAACUUACAUCAAUAUGAUGAACGAAAACAUUAGAAAAAAGUUCAGAGACACAAAUAAAAAUCCAUUCCAAUUUCAAUACAUCAAGAACAUAAAAAACCUUAGUAAAUUUGAUGAUUUCCAGCCUUCAGUUGUGGUCGCAUCUCCAGGUAUGCUUCAGAAUGGAGUUUCAAGAGCUCUAUUAGAAAAAUGGGCACCAGACCCAAGAAAUACACUUAUAAUGACCGAGAUCUUACUAGAACCGACCGAGAUACCUUCACAACAGAAUCCAGACGUUUUGAUUCCUCGUCGAAUGACCGUCGAAGAAAUCAGUUUUGCGGCUCAUGUUGAUUAUGAACAGAAUUCAAAGUUUAUUGAGCUGGUGAAUCCUAAGACAAUCGUUUUAGUUCAUGGUGAAUCUAAUCCAAUGGGUCGUCUGAAAUCUGCCCUUUUGUCAAAGUACUCUAAGUAUAAAAACACGCCAGAUGAAGUUAAAGUGUACAAUCCAAGGAAUUGUGAGGACUUGUUAGUAGAAUUCAAAGGAAUAAAGAUAGCAAAAGCGAUGGGAACUAUCACUGAAGAUGUCAACAAGGUUUUGAAGCAGGACGUGAAGAGUGCUAAGAGUGAGAUUAACGGGGUGUUGGUACAAAAGAAUUUUGACCUUAGUCUACUGAAGAUUCAGGAUCUUCGUGAAUAUACAGGAUUGACAACAACAAUGAUAAAACAACGUCAAACGUUGAGGUCUCAUGCUACAUCAUCAUUAGUUCACUACCACUUAUUACAAAUGUUUGGUUAUCUAGAUAUCUUGAUUGAUGAUGCUGAAGAGUACGAAGUUAAAAUCAUGGAUAGUGUGCUACUGAAUAUGGAUAAGAGAGGAAUUGUCACAGUAGAAUGGGGCUCUGGUGUGAUUAACGAUACCAUAGCUGAUUCUGUGAUAGCCAUUGUAUUGACAGCGGAGUCAUCUCCUCUGAGUGUCAAGUUGACCAGCAAAUCAUGUAAUCAUAGCCACAGCAGGACUAGUGAAGAAAAGCAAGAAAUAAGGGAACCGGAGAAAACCGCAAGUCCCGCCAAUAACCAUGAACCAGGCAAAGUAAGUGAAUUGAAUGAACCAAAUGAACCAAAUAAGCCAAAUGAAUCACCUGCUAUUAGCAUUAAGGAGGAGAAGAAUCACGUUGAAGAAGCAGUACCUGACCUAGCUUCACCUUCUUCUCCCAAGCCAGAUGCUUCAGAAGACAAAGUAAAAUUAAUGGUUGAAAUACAAGAGAAGUACUCAUCGGCAUCCCGUGUGCAAAACCUGCGUACUCUCUUAAGAUCACAUUUUGGAGAUGCGCUAAAGUUUGAAAUAGACGAAGGAGAAGAAGAUUGGAAGGUAGUGAUAGGAAAAAUGGAAGCCACUAUCAAGCUAACCGAUUGGACAGUAGAAAGCACAUCCAAUGUUCUGAAGAAUAGGAUUCAAAGCAUUGUUAGAAGAGGAAUGACUUUAGUGGCCCCAUUCUCGCAACCAAGAAAGUUAUGA